GAUCUUCCUCCUGUGGAUAUGUUUGUGACAAGCGCAGACCCGGUGCUUGAACCGUCAAUACUCACUGUAAACACAGUCAUAUCCUUAUUGGCAGUUGACUAUCCAGCAGAUAAACUAGCUUGCUAUGUAUCGGAUGAUGGUUGCUCCCCUAUAACCUACUAUUCUCUUGUUGAAGCAUCCAAGUUUGCUAAGAUUUGGGUUCCAUUUUGCAAGAAGUAUAACAUUCAAACUAGAGCUCCAUUCAGAUACUUUUCUAGUGAGCUCAUUUUAACCGGCAGUUGUAAUUCCUUGGAAUUCCAGCAAGAAUACAACAAGAUGAAGGAUGGGUAUGAGGAGCUUGCCUCCAAAAUCAAAGAUGCAGUCGAAAAAUCCAUGGAGUGGGAUCUAAUCGGUGAUUUUGCCGUCUUCUCGAAUAUGGAGCGCAAAAACCAUCCGACUAUUAUCAAGGUUAUAAGGGACCAGAAUGAUGCUGGACUUUCAGAAGCAUUGCCGCAUUUAAUUUACGUAUCAAGAGAGAAGAGGCCAGAGCAUCCACAUCGCUAUAAAGCAGGUGCCAUGAACGUCUUAACCAGAGUCUCUGGAUUGAUAACAAAUGCUCCAUUCAUGUUGAACGUGGACUGCGACAUGUUUGUCAACAAUCCACAGAUUUUUCUGCAUGCGAUGUGUCUGUUACUCGGUUCCAAUGAUGAAAGAGAAAGCGGGUUUGUUCAGUGUCCUCAAUGUUUCUAUGAUGGACUCAAGGAUGAUCCAUUUGGGAACCAGUUCGUGGUUGAACACAAAUACAUGGGGAAUGGAGUAGCUGGGAUUCAAGGUCCUUUUUAUGAAGGAACAGGAUGUUUUCACAGAAGAAAAGUCAUUUAUGGUUCAUGUCCCGAUGACAUCGGAAAUCAAGCGAAACGGCUCACUCCAGUUCAUGGUGGUUUAUCAUACAAGGAGCAGCUAAGGAUAUUUGGCGAUUCAAAGGAGUUUAUCAGAUCAGCUGCUCAUGCACUACAAGGGAAGGAAAAUAUUAGUCCUAAAAAUCUUCCAACCUUAGUUGAGGCAGCACACCAGGUUGCUGGUUGUGGCUACGAGUACGGUACUAGCUGGGGCAUAGAGGUGGGUUGGCAAUAUGGAUCCGCAACAGAAGACAUCCUCACUGGAUUAAUGAUCCAAGCUAGGGGAUGGAGGUCCGUUCUCUGGUUCUUGGUCUGUUCAACUGCUGGACGUGCUUUGAAAUUUGUGGUUCGAGGGAUUAUGUUACAUCAGAAGCCUAGAAAUAUUCUAGGCGAGAGUUGCCAAAACCGGCGAAUCACUUCCUCCUUCCCCCUCUGCAGCUCCACAGCUAGAGAGUGCUACAAUACUCGCUAUACAUUUAUAGUGAGUGCUGUAGACAAAGCCAAAGUAGAGAGCUCUUCGGAUAGCAUCAAUGCUGCGGGCAAAACAU